CCUCCAUUCCACGUCGUAAUAUUUUUGCACCCCCUUCGUCACCUCCUCUCGUUGCUGGCAACUCCCGUGUCCUCAUAAUAGAGGUGAUCGCGGCCUCGGCCUGCGACUCCCGCCGUUGGCUAUUCCAUGUUCCUGCGGCAGUGACAUCGUGUGUUCCCUUGGGACUACCUAAAUCCCGCAAAUUCCACCCGAGUACCACGAUUGACGGCCAUCGGAAACGACGGAACCUCGGAGCAGCUUGACCAGGAAAUUCCUACGUGGCUAGUUGUUGGCACAAAGAGUUCCAUGGUGCACCGUAGCGGCUCGGUGGACGAUGCGCUCUGUGGAAAUGACGCUGUCCGGGCAGUUCUCUACACGUUUGCAGGCAAAGGUUGGCAAAUGACCGGCAAGGGUGCUCCAGGGUCGUGGAUGGUUGCGGAGGGUGAAGCCGCCAGGCAACUUAUCCCGAUCUCCAAGGUUGCUGUAGUCGACACAGCGCCGAAAUCACAUCAUGGCGGUGUUCUUGUCCCUCGGACUUCGGAACACUGGGAGCUGCAUAAGCAGGCGAUUGAGGAUCUCUACCUCAGGCAAAACAAGAGGCUCCAGGAUGUCAUGGACAUUAUGGCGGAGGAAUAUCAAUUCAGAGCGACAAGCCGCAUGUACAAGCGCCAAUUCGCGAAGUGGAAGUGGACGAAAUACAACAUCCAGAGCUCCUCCGGCGCUCCGCCGACCGGGCAGGCAUUCCGGGGGGCGUUCGACAAGUCUUGCAAGAGGCUCCGAGCAUCGAAACGAAGCCCGUCCCCACGCUCGGACGGAGCAGAUAUGAAGUUCAUAGCUCCCAACACCUCAGCAAUAAACCGCCGUCCAGGAACCGACUCUCCGAGUCUGACCCGCUAUUCGCCCGAACCAGAUGACCUCACGAGCCUCAGAUGUGGAUUGAUGCUGACUGUCCGAGAGUACCUCAAGGCUUCUCACAAUGGAUCCCAAGCAGUCCCCACGAAGGCGAAAGAGUUUACCAUUGGCUGCGACUCAUGGCAUCUCGUCGGGCUGUUGGACCUUGCGCUUGACAAACUGCGAGGCGAGCAGUGUGACGUUGGCGGACGGCUUUUGCGGCACAUCUUCCGCGACAUUGGCAAAUCACUCAAUGGCAUAUGCCUACAAACCUCGUUCGGCCUUUGCCUUCAAAUGCCAGAUUACAUUCUGCGGCACGGUCGUCUCGAUAUCCUCAUGAUUUACCUCACUUACCUCACUGACCUCUGCCGCCUGCGGCUGCCCAACCAUCCACUUACAUUGAUUGUCGGGAUGCUCAAGGACCUCGGCAACGCUUUCCCCGCAUGCCUCCCCCUCUGCCUCGGCACUCUUUCUCAGGUCUGGGUAGACGACCUUGGGGUACUUCGCGGACCUAUUGACAUCCACGUGCUCAGCGCAAGGUAUCAAGUGCAGGUAGCCAAGGAAAACUCCGACAGCGGCGGGGCCGACGUUACCGCGGCGUCACAUCUCAUCUCGGACUUCGGGCUGCUCCUCCGAGAGGCGACCGACGCCGCCGACCCGACAGUCCUCUUCCUCGAGGACCAGAUCCUCCACCUGCAGUGGCGCUUCGACGCCUACGAGGAGGACUUUGUGCCGCGGUCCCGGAACGCAAUCACGAACCUGCUCCACAAGCACGACGCCCUGCCGUUCGCGCGGUGGCCCCAGCAGGACCUGCUGGUGUACCAGCGGUGCCACCUGCGGCUGAUGGAGUUCCUGUACCGCACGGGCCGGCUGGACGAGGCGCACGUGGUGGCGACGAGGGCGAUCGAGGCGACCGACGACAGCAUGCGGCUGCGCUGGUCGGGCUACCUUGAGCAGCUGCUGAGGUGGAUGGACAGGCACGCCGACGCGGACGAGGUGGGCCGCCGGUGGGGCGAGUUGCCGCUGCUCGGGGAGCUCGAGAGAGAGGACCGGGAUGAGCUGUCAGGUAUCCCCGCCCUGUCUGACUGAGAGAAGUCGGCUGCUGCGUCAUCGAGACUGGGUGUUCUGGGUGCCCGGAGACGAGACAAAGAAGAUGACCAAGCCUGACGCAAACUUUGGAUGGGCAUACGGAUGCGCAUUUGCUGCUCUCUGUUUGGCUUUAGUUGGUUAAUGAUGGCUAGAUUUGACGUCCCUUCGAAUGGUCAGUGAGUGUGUGAUUGAGCAACGCUAUACGCACUAGGUGUGGAAGAUUAGGGUUGGCCCUGAAGGCUUCAUGUGAACCUCUGGAUGUAUCUAGAAUCCAAUAAUGGCUCCCAUGCUAGAGACGGGAAUCAGCGACAUACCUAGGUACUCUAACUAAAGACUUGUCGAUAAGUUCUCGGUGAUUAAGACGGCACAAAGCCACCAACUGAAUCACUGGGGGAUAUCGUGAAUCCCUUGACGAGGA